AUGAACUCGUCACGCGCAUUCAAUCGGACUAGCCAAAACACGUUCCGCAAACCCCUCGACUUCCUCAGCAAUCUCUCGCGUAACUCGGUACAAGUCCCAAAGGACAGAAAGAGAAAGGACAGCAACGUCCACAGGCGGAACACCAGCGCCAGCUCACUAGACGAUACCGAUCACUCUGACGUCGAGUUUUACGCGCAAAUGGAGACGUCCAGGCGGAGUCAUUCGACGCAGAACUCGCAGUCGGAACUGCAGCCUGCGGUACCGUUGAUCGAUAUCGGGAGUCGCAGCAACAGCCCAUACCCACGCAUUCGCAGCGCCGCACAAAGUGAAGACGAAGACGAUGAAUACGAGCCGGCGAGCAGCAUACGGCCAUUGGUCAGCCACGGCGUAGGGAGAGGAAGCCAUGCCUUCCGAGGCUUCUGGCAACAAGGCGGGCCUGGAGCUUUCUUUUUCAGCACAUGGAGGGGCUGGCAGGUCUGGGUGGGACUGCUGGUCUUUUGGGUCGGCGGAUGUAGUUUCGGGCUGCUGCUGAUGAACCGCUUCAUCAUGCUGACGGGUGUCUACAAGUUCCCAUUCCCUCUCACUCAAUCGUACGCGCAGCUCAUCAUCACACACAUUCUCCUCAUACUCAUCUCGAGCCUUCUACGUUUCUCCAGCAACCCGCUACAUUUCAUAGGCUUCGGCGCCGCCGUACCGCCCUCGCAACCAGCUGCGCCACAAGGAGGAGCAUUUAGAGGCAACAAGAAGCCUGGUGUAUAUGCCUUUGCACGAUGGCUGUCGAACGGCUCGGGAGGCAUUGCUGGCGGAGGUCUGUUUGAGUUUGACUGGGAAAUCGCCAAACAGGUGCUACCACUUGCGGUAGUCUUCAUCGUGAAGGUGCUGCUGAGCAACUUCUCAUUCGCUUAUGCACCACUUCCAACCUACCAACUGGCUCGCAUCGGCAUAACCCCACUCGCCGUCAUCUUCUCCUGCAUCCUACAAAAAGAGAACGUCAACGGCAGCAUCCUCUCCUCCGCACUCGUCGCGACCCUCAACCUUUUCUUCGCUUCCUACCGCUCCAACGUCCGCGUCACCUGGGAAUCCGUCGUAGCUGGCGUCUUCUCCUCCAUUUUCGUCGCCCUAUACCCCAUCCUCCUUCUGCGCACAUACCGCAAGAUCGUCGCUGGCCUGGUACCUGCAGGCGAUGUACUCACCGGAUACCCUAGCGGCUCGGAAGAACCAGGCAACAGGGAGGAGACUCGCGCUUUCUACCGCACGUUACACUACACGUCCCUCGUGUCCCUCAUGCUCCUUACGCCUAUUGUGAUUCUUUCUGGCGAAGUCCCGCAUAUAUACCACAAUAUUCCCUUCCUCGAUGUGCCCUUCUUUUGGGCCAUGAUGCUGUUUGGCGGCAUGGGCUCAUGGGCCGUUUUCUCAGGCACUUUGCUGCUGGUCAAGGCGACGUCUCCGUUGACUGCGACGUUCGUGUCUGUUCCACGAAGUGCGUUCCAGCUCGUUGCUAUUACUCUGUUUAAGAGCCCGGCCCAGACUUGGAUUGGCGUCAUACUUUGCUGGAUCAGCAGUCUGUGGUUCCUUGUAGCGAGGCGGGAUGAGGGGAGAAGUAGGGAUCGGUUGAGAUUGGAAGGCAGAUAG